UGGUUCUUACUAAAAAUCCCAAUUAUAAUCGUGAAAUAUUGUUUCGUAAUGCAAAUAAUGAAUGGAAAAAAUAUAAAAAAGACCCCAAUAUUCAAAGAAUAAUUGAUAAAUUUUUUAAUACACCAGUUCCUCUGCAAGGAUUUCCUAUUCUAUACAUACAACAUUCAACACAAUCAAUUAAUAAUAAUUCAUAUGUGAAUAUAACACCCCAAGUAGUAUCUCAGACAACACCCCAAUUACCACUUCAAGAAUUAAAUGAACUAAAUGAACUUUCUCGUGCAAAUGCCGUUGCUCAGAAAGAAGUAAUUAAUCAAAUAAAUAAAGUUGAAAAAAAACUAAUAGAGCUUAUUACUCUAAAUGAUACCAUCAAUGAUUUUCAGCUUCAUCAGGAUCUUUACGUUCACUAUCAACAAAAAUGCAGAUUGAGAAAAGAGAAACGAGUAAGAGAGAAAAAUGAAGUAGUCAUAUAUGAUCAUGCUGGCCGCCCGUCAGUUCUUUUUGAGCACCCUGAUCUUCUUGAACAUAUGCACAAUUCUAUUAAAUUUGGUGCAGCUGAUGCCAAAAGAAGAAAAGAAAUAAUUAAACACGCUUUGCAAUUAUUUUUGCCAAAUAACAGAAAUGCGAUCACAGCUAGAGCUCACCACCACCCUGCAUUGAUUGGAAUAGCUAAUGUUUCACGAAGUAAAAAAAAAGAACAUGUUGAUACUUAUUAUUGCUUAGCCUCAAUAAAAGCUUCAAAGACAUUCACAAGUACAUUCCCUAAUAUAUCAGUUUUAGUAUCCCAAGAUGACAAGGCAAAGGUUAAUGUUGGUAUAGCUACUGUAGGACGUACAUUUCAAACAAUCCAAUCAAUUGCUGAACCCGUAGAAUUAGAAGACCAUGAUUUUCCAAUUAGAAUAUCUCAAAAAUUAGUUCCAAGUGUCUAUUUGAUAAUUAAUCCAGCAGAUUCAAAUGACACAAUAAGAACUAGGCAACUCGCAAUUUAUGUACAACCACAGUGGUAUAUUGAAUCAAGUUCUUUGACAUAUAUGCAAGAUUUGAUUAAUCUUUCAUCAAUGAAAGAGUAUGAAGAAGUUUUCAAAAUAAAUAAUAUUGUCAAACCAGUUUGGAUAUUACUCACAGAUGGAGGUCCAGAUGAAAAUCCUCAGUUUAUCAAAAAUAUCUAUCAGUAUUGUUAUUUGUUUAAAAAAUUAGAUCUUGAUUAUCUUACCAUACGUACUAAUACACCAGGACAAUCUGUAUUUAAUCCCGUUGAGAGAGCCAUUGCAAGCUUAUCUAAAAAAUUAGGUGGAAUUUCUUUUAGUAUUGAUACAUUUGGCAACCACCUUGAUUCUCAAGGUAAAAUAAUUAACAAAGAUCUUGGGCUACGAAAUUUUCGGCAUGCUGGUGAAGCUUUAUGCAAUAUUUGGCAACGUGAUAAAAUUUUUGGUAAACCUGUCUAUUGUGAAUAUGUUGAUGAGCAGUCGAUACCUUUUUCAGAUAUUAUGUUUGAAACAAAUUUGGGUUGUAAUAACGAAAAAGCCAAUGAUGAAUAUGAGGAACCAGAAGUUGAAAAUGUUGAAGAUACUGAACAAGUUCCAUGGUCCUGGAUUGAAAAUCAUGCAAAAAUGUGCAAGUAUUCUUUGGAUAUUCAAAAAUGUGAAGUUCUUGAAUGCUGUUCUCCAAAACGAGCUCCCGAGGUUGCCACCCUUCUUGAACCUACGAAUGGUUUCCUUCCACCGGUAAUUCAAGGCAAAGACAAUCACUUUUUGAACCCAAUUCAUACUGUACAAUAUUUAGAUUCAGAAAAAUUAGCGAAAUAUGAUGAGCAUUGUCCUUCAAUUAGUGCAGAACUAUACGCACGUCUUGUAUGCAAAAAAUGUAAAAAGUACUUUCCUACACAUGCUUUUCUUUUAAACCACAAAUGUUUUGCCCACCCUAAAGGUAAAUAA